AUGAGUUUCCCGGCGGAGGACGGCGUGGGCAGCCUGUGCCACAAGGCGCUGCAAAUCAUCUCCGAGCUGUGCCUCGGCGGGCAGGUGGAGCGGGAGAAGUGCGCCGGCAUCUUCCCGCUGGAGACCGCCCGCCAGGGCAUCGGCGGCACAGACAUCUCAGUGAGUCUGUUAGCAGUAGUCGUCAGCUUCUGCGGGCUCGCCUUGCUGGUAGUCUCGCUUUUUGUCUUUUGGAAGUUGUGUUGGCCCUGCUGGAGAAGCAAACCUCUCACUUCUAAUGCCAGUAAUAUCCCUCAAAGCAACUCCAGUGCUCCUACAGAGGUUUUUGAGACCUGUGAGAAAAAAGAAGUUAAAGAAAAUGGAAAGUCUUCAACAAAGGUACUUGAAGCUGCAUUGAAAAUUAGCCACACUUCACCUGAUAUACCAGCAGAGGUCCAGAAUGCACUGAAAGAACAUCUGAUCAAACAUGCACGCAUGCAGAGGCAGAUCACUGAGCCUACAUCAUCAUCAAGGCACAAUUCUUUCAGGAGGCAUUUACCAAGGCAGAUGCAAGUGUCCAGUGUUGAUUUUAACAUGGGGACAGAUCCAGUUUUACAAAGGGGAGAGACAACAACCAGCAUUGGGAGAAUAAAACCAGAACUCUACAAACAGAAGUCUGUGGAUUCUGAUGGGCAGCAAGAAGAUGUGAAAACCUGUGGAAAACUUAAUUUUAUUCUCCGGUAUGAUUAUGAAAAUGAACUUCUUGUUGUCACAAUUGUCAAAGCCUUAGAUCUGCCUGCUAAAGACUUCACAGGAACAUCCGACCCCUACGUUAAGAUUUAUCUGCUUCCAGAUAGGAAAAAGAAGUUUCAGACACGAGUUCACAGAAAGACAUUAAAUCCUGUCUUUGAUGAAAUCUUUCAGUUUCCUGUAGCCUAUGAUCAACUCAGCAACAGGAAAUUGCAUUUCAGUGUUUAUGAUUUUGACAGAUUUUCUAGACAUGACAUGAUUGGGGAAGUUAUUCUUGAUAACCUUUUUGAAGUCUCAGAUCUCUCCAGGGAAGCCAAUGUAUGGAAAGACAUCCACUGUGCCACCACAGAGAGCAUAGAUUUGGGUGAGAUCAUGUUUUCCCUUUGUUAUUUGCCUACUGCUGGGAGAAUGACAUUAACAGUCAUCAAAUGUAGAAAUCUCAAAGCAAUGGAUAUAACUGGCUCAUCAGAUCCAUAUGUCAAAGUAUCACUAAUGUGUGAAGGUCGAAGGCUGAAGAAGCGGAAAACAACUACAAAGAAGAACACACUCAAUCCAGUUUAUAAUGAGGCCAUCAUCUUUGAUAUCCCUCCAGAGAAUGUGGACCAGGUCAGCCUCUCCAUUGCAGUGAUGGAUUAUGAUCGAGUGGGGCACAACGAGGUCAUUGGGGUAUGUCGGACAGGAAUUGAUGCUGAAGGACUUGGAAGAGAUCAUUGGAAUGAAAUGUUGGCUUACCCACGUAAACCAAUAACUCACUGGCAUCCACUAGUAGAGUUGCCUGGCCGAGCAACCAGUUUUGAUAGCCAGGGAUCUUGUUCUUCACCAAAACCACCACUUACGCCCUAAGGCACAAGAAUGGAUUCAUCAAGUUCAGUGUCCAAAGCUCCCAUGUAGCUCACAUCUACGUUAACACAAGGUUUGGCUUCCGCAGAUGAACUGUAUCCAUAUUUUUGUAU